UUAGAUGAAAAAUCGAACAACGAAGCCAACACAGGAGAGAACCCCACAUCACACGUACCAUUUCGCAUCAAAAACGUUGGCGCACAAGACUUUAUCACGGGAAGAAACAGAAGAAUCAUGGACGCGCACGGACUGGCAGUGUCGCCAUCCUUGCUCGACGUCCACGUUGAUACGAGGCGAGACGAAGCGACACAAGAGAGAAGAACGGCUGUGACAAUAAAUUCAACCGACAAUGACAGUGGCGGGGAACAAAUUUCGAGAAGACAGCCAUCGCGGAGAAAACUCGAGAGAUCGAUCUCACCAACGCGAUUGAAAUUCCGUAUUGGAUCGCAAUUUUUGGCAAUCGGAACGCUGCUAUUGGCGCUGUUCAGCGUGAGUGUUCAUCUCGCGCCGCCGACGACGAAGACUCUCAAGGACGUUGGCAGAGAUGGGAAAGCAAGAAAAAAUCGUCCCCCACCACUGUACGCUCUGGGCUACACGACAAAAUUCACGAGGAAAAGGCAAGCUAUGGUCAACAAUCCUUUUCUUGGGCAACACAGAACAAUACCAGCAAUGACAUCACACCUACAACUGCAAUCAAAGUGGAGAAGGCCAAACGCAAUGACAAAACCAAAAACAAUGCCAGGGGCGGCUUCAGGGUUCGCCUUGGGAAUGGGCAAAGACGUUCCUUCUCCUGAGCUUUCGACCGACAACAAUGGUAGCAGUAGUUCACUAGGCUAUCGAUGGAAGCGUUUCGCGGUCUGGCUCCUGACCGGCUCAAAAGAGAGUCUUUCUAAGCCCCAAUGGCUAUCGUCAUCUUCGCCCAAUGCUUCGAAUGCCGAAUCCGAGGGGCAAAAGGCAAAGAACAACCUCCUGUCCAAGAUUCUUCCUCCAUGGAUUUUUUACCUGCGGCCGUCGGUGCAGCUGAUGGUGACUCUCUUGCUUUACCUUUUCCACACGGUUGUCCUCACGCAAAACGCCCUGCCGUUUCCAGUUCAGUUGAUUCCAAACGAUCGUGGCAAUUUUCAAUCAAUCGGUCUAGAUUCGUGAGUAUACAUCAAAUGUCUUAGUUGGAAUUCUCGUGUUCAGUUGUUUUUGCGAAAUUUGAUCUUGUGAUAUUUUGGGGCUUCAAAUGUGUAUGCAUUGCUUUUUUUGAUGUCUAACGCAACCUGAUAAUGAAACCAACAUUUCCUCCUGCUGCCUCGAACCAACAUCCUCCGACAAUCUGUGGAAAACCAUUAUUUUGAAACACAAAUGGCAUUUUGACAACCUGCAGGCUGACCGGAAUGGGAACCCUGGCCUUUUAUCAGUACCUGAGGCGGAAACCUUCCAAUUUUUUUGAUUUGGAGGUAACCCAGUCCUCGCAAUCCACAACCACGGAAACGGAAAUCGAACAGAACACACCCGAUGGCAUUAUUAACAACAGCAGUGACUUGACCAACGCCAGUGAAAACAUAAUGAUAUACAGAAACGACACUUCUAAUGUGACAUCGAGAACGGUUACGACAACAACGACGACAACUACAACCACGACUACCGAAAUCAAGGCUUCCUAUCUACCGGACUUGUUCUCAGCACCCCACCCCAAGAACAUGCCCUGGAAGAACAUCUGGAAAUCCAAGUAUUCCAGGGUGUCGUCCCUAUCGGCUUUGGUGGUAUUGACCAAGGCCUACUUUCUUACGGGCUCCGUCUCUCUCUUCUGGGAAGACACGCUUUAUGGAAUGGCCACCCACUUGAAUUGGAUGACGGUUGGGAUGCACCGGUCCCUAUCGGUCUUGCUGGGGCAUCUCUCGUGGAUUGCGAUGGGUGCGACCGUGCUCAGGAUUUUUCUAAGACCACAACCUUUUUUCCAGGAACCAGAAUCCCAGUGGUUUUCAAGCUUUUACAAAACCGCACCAAAGGCACCGGGACCAAAAAUGACGAAGACUAGGACGGUGUUGGGCAGCAAUGGCUACAUCUAUGGCAACAACAGUACGACUGUCACUCCGGAUCAGCUUCUUACAUCAGAGAAGGAAAACAACUCUGCCUCUAAUCAUCCGCAGUGGGUUUGGUGGGCCAUCGGUGGCUAUUUCGUCAGCUCGUGGCUCUUCAACGUGGUCGAUCUGGUCAAUUCUUACGUCUUUCCAUUGGCCGUUUUGGAACAGGCCGAAGAAUCUUCCAUCGUCGCCAAGCUCGUCAAUCCGGAAGGGCAGGAUAUCUUAGCUUCUCUGGUGGGAUUCAUCGCCCCGUGUUUGACGGCCCCCUGGUGGGAAGAGAUUUUGUACCGGGGAUUCCUGCUGCCGACCCUGGUGCUGUCGGCACCACAGCGGUCCUACUGGUUUGCGACUUUUCUCAGCGGGAUUCUAUUUUCGAUUCACCACCAGAGCGAGCUGGCCUUUUUGCCGCUCUGUGUGCUGGGAUGGAUCUGGGCGAUAGUCUACACAAAGUCAAAGAACCUUUGGACAACGAUUGUGAUUCAUUGCAUGUGGAACUCCCGGAUCUUUUUGGGCAGCUGGUUUGGAUUGUAACUAAUCAAACCGACAAAAUGCU